GCGGAACUAGUAGUUGUUGUUGUUGAAGCCCAGCUGCUCCGGGCUGCUGUACGCAUGUGUGGCAGCAGCGUGUGUGUCCGGGUUGGGGAGUUUGGAUCUGAGAUUUAGGAAGUGCGCUGGAAGCUUCCAGCCGGAGCAGCAGACGUCCUGGUUCGGCGGGAACAGAUGCAGUCCUGUCGGGAUGGAAGCUGGACCCUUCAGCCAUGAGGUUGUCCGUCACAUUCCUUUAAAGGAUCUGUGCUUCCUUUGGGCUUAACUUUACCACCGACUCCAGUAGGAAUGUCCUACUGGGCUGUCGGAGUUUCCCAAGAAACUGGAGAGCCUCCCAACAACAUGGAGCAAACUAACAGCACAGGGGGGGAAACAGAGGCCAAGGUGUCCCUUGUGGAGGCCCCCGGUCCCGACUCCGAAAUAACUCCCAGUCUUGAGAACAUCAAGGCAGCUUAUGAAGGUGGUGAUAAGGAAGCAGCCAGGGAGCUGAUUCAGCAGGCCUGUUGCGUGGACUGUUCAGGGGGGAUCCAUCCCGAUGGGGUCCGUCUGCUGUCUCUGGCCACCCAGCACUCUGAUAUAGUGAGUGUGUGCUACCUCCUGAAAGAGGCCCGUAUCCCUGUUCCUCAGGAGCCGUCGCUCUGUAACCCGGCUGUCCUGGCGGCACAUUGCGGUUUUUCCAACCUGCUCAAGGAACUGCUGGAUUCCAUACCUAUCCUUUUUGUUUACCGGUUAGGUGUUUGCCUGAAAAGAGACCUAGUGAACUGCCUGCUCGCCACCGCCUGUCAGCAGGGUCACCUGGAGGUGGUCCGUCUGCUGGUCCACAGCUACGAGGCAGAUGUGAAGGACUUUGCCCUCCAUAGCAACGAGUUUGCUGUCCUUUGUGGGCUGCCGCUGUACGCGGCUGCUCAAGCAAGUAACGAGGAGAUCGCUCACUUCCUGAUAGAAAACGGAGCUGAAUUUUCAUCCUACACCCUGAUGGACUAUCCAGACUUCAGCAAACGUCUCCUGAGACAGAAACUUCAUGAAACCACUGGUGCCAAUGGAGUGGAGGGAGUCGGCGUGUAUUGGAGCGGCUUACAGCUGCCUUUCCUGGAGCUGGACUGGAUCAUGGAUGUCUGCUCAAAGAUUACCCACCUGGACCUGUCCUCCAACAGCCUCAGUGCUCUGCCCUCCGUCGUCCCCUGGGGGCUCAUCCACCUGAAAACUCUGGAUCUUUCCAGCAACGCUCUGAAAGAGCUGCCGUUUGCUCAGAACUCGCAGGAUGUGAUCUGCUGCAGGUUACAGGUUGUGACACUCUCCCAUAACCAGCUAAAGAGUUUACCAACCGGACUCCUCCAUCUGACCCGCCUUCAGAAACUCAGUGCUGCUAAUAACCAGCUCACCACCCUGUUCGACAUCCCCUCCAACGUGAACUGGAUCGGUCUCCGUAAGCUGGAGGUGCUGGAUGUGUCUGGAAAUAGUUUAACCAGUCUUCACACGUCAGUCAUGCACUGUUUAAAGUCCCUGCGCUGCCUUGAUGUCAGCAGAAACAGAUUGAGGGCUUUCCCCGAACCCUGGGCCUGUCCGCUGAGGAUAUGCAAAGCUUCUUCUAACAUCAUCGAGAACCUUCCAAACACCAUAUCCAUCUUCUGGAGGACUCAGCUGCAGGAGGUUGAUUUCUCUGACAACUGCCUGAAGGAGCUUCCCUCAUAUAUCUUUGAACUGGAGGCGAUCAUGUCCUUAAAGCUGUGUGGGAACCUCAUAGAAACGCUGCCUGCUCCCAAUAAGUGGAAGUGCUCUAAGCUCAAGACUCUGGAUCUUUCCAGGAACGUGCUCGGCAGGACUGAAGAAGGUCCCAGAUCCAGGAGGCUUGCUUUCCUGACAACAUGGAACAGGAGGGAUCCAGAUCCAGUGAGUCCCAUCGAGUUUCCUGGUGUCCUGCGGGAUUCCCUGGAAGUGCUCACCUUGAACGAUAACCAGCUGGAGUGUGUUCCCCAGUCACUGUGUGGCCUGCGCAACCUCACUGAGCUCUACCUGUCCAAUAAUCCAGGAAUCCGGGAAUUACCAGCUGAACUCGGACAACUAUCCAACCUCUGGCAGCUGGACAUCGACAACCUCAACAUCACCAAUAUUCCUCAAGCAGUAAGAAAAGAAGGCUCUGCUUCGGUCCUGGCGUUCCUCCGGGCCCAGCUUCGAAAAGCAGAGCCCUGCAGGCUGCUGAAGAUGCUUGUGGUCGGUCCACCCAGGCAGGGGAAGUCGGCGCUUGUAGAGGCUCUACUGACAGGCAAGGCGUCUCCCUUCACCCCCUCAGAAUGCAGCAUCUCCACUUUUGGCUUGGAGCUGGAAAAACCGAACGCAGGCAAAAAUAACAAGGAGUCGAUAAUGUUCAACUUGUGGGAUAUUGGUGGUCCAGCCAGCAUGACCACUGUGAACCAGUGUUUCUUUACUGAUAAGUCGCUUUAUGUGGUCAUCUGGAAUCUGGCUCUGGGAGAGGAGGCCGUGGCCAACCUGCAAACCUGGCUUCUCAACAUAGAGGCACGAGCACCCAACUCUGCCGUGGUGGUUGUAGGAACCCAUCUGGACCUCAUAGAUACCAAGUUCCGCACAGAGAGGCUGGCAACCCUGAGAGCUUAUGUACUGGCGCUGUGUCGAUCCCCGUCCGGAGCAAGAGCAGCGGGUUACCCCGACAUCACCUUCAAACACCUGCAUGAAGUGUCGUGUAAAACCUUGGAGGGUUUGGAAGGUCUGAAGACGCUGAUCUACCAGGUGGCUCUCUCCAUGAAGGACAGCGGCAGCUCGGCCUGUGGUGCUAAGCUGCUGGGCAGACUGAUUCCGAGGAGCUAUUUCAUCCUGCAGGAGGCAGUGAUAGCAGAGAAGGAGAGGAGAGAUGCUGCAGAAGAAGUGCAGUACCUGACAGACGCUCAGUUACUCAGCAUCAUCGAACAGAACCCAGAGAGUGAUAUCAGAGAUUAUGAGGAUUUACAAACCGCCAUCAGUUUCCUAAUUGAAACUGGGACCCUGCUGCACUUCCCAGACACCAGCCAUGGCCUGUGUACUCUGUACUUCCUGUGUCCUGUGUGGCUGUCAGACUGCUUAGAGAGGAUCGUCCAUCUGAACUCCUGCCGCCCUUUACCCAAAAACGGAUUGAUCCAGACAGAGCAGCUCAGGAAGCUGCUGGAAGGAACAGGAUUCACCCGGGAAACAGAGGAGCAGUAUUUCCAGUUUUUGGCCAAGUUUGAGAUUGCGCUCCCUGUUGCCAACAACAGAUACCUUCUGCCUCACCUGCUUCCUCCAAAGCCGGCCAUGGACAUCCACGGCUUCCACCAUCACACAAACAACACCCUGCAGCGGCUUUUCAAGAUGAGCUUCGUUCCUGCGGGGUUUUGGGAGCGCUUCAUCGCCAGGAUGCUCAUAAGCCUCACAGAGAUGGACCUCCAGUCGUCUGAUCCACUCAAGAGAAGGAGCAAGAAUCGCAGGAGUUCACUGAUCUACAGCUUUGCUGGAAGCCAGCAGAGGAACCGAUGCAGCACCUUCAGAGUCCGACGCAGCCAGACCAUCUACUGGAAGGAGGGGCUCCUGGUCACAUUUGAUGGAGGCUACCUCAGUGUGGAGUCAUCAGAUGUUAACUGGAAGAAGAUAAAGAGCGGCGGCAUAAAGAUCAUCUGUCAGUCAGACGUGAGAGAUUUCUCCGCCAUGGCCUUCAUCACUGACCAUGUCAACUCUCUGAUCGAGCAGUGGUUUCCCGCUUUGACCGGCUCUCAGAAUGAUGGGAGUCUCCUCAUUGAGCAGUAUGUGCCCUGUUCCCUCUGUGCGCCUUGCGAUCGGCAGCAGCAGGAUCCCGGAGAAGACGACAGAGGAAGAGAAGCCGAGGUUCAUUACUUUAACAUGGAGGACUGUGUGCUGGCUGCUGUGGAGAAGGACAGCAUCAGCUGUCCUCAGCAUCCUGAGCAGCCUGUCCCCUUACAAGAACUGGUGCCAGAACUAUUUAUGACCGACUUCCCUGCACGGCUGUUUCUGGAUAAGGCGGAGCUUCAGCUCUCUGAGGAGGAGAAAGAUGUCCUCGGUCAGGGCGGCAGUGGCACCAUCAUCUGCAGAGCCACGUAUAAAGACCAACCUGUCGCUGUCAAACACUUUCACUUUAAGAGAUGUCGGCAGCUGACUGUCAGCAAGGACUCAGACACUGUGGUGAAGCACCUGGAGUUUGUAGAUGUGAGUCACAGCUUCUCAGAGUUUCGUCAGGAGGCCAGUAUACUGCACUGUCUGCAGCACCCCUGCAUCGUCUCCCUGGUGGGCAUCAGCAUCCAUCCGCUGUGCUUCGCCUUGCAGCUGGCUCCUCUGGGGAGCCUCAACACGGUGCUGGAGGAGAAACACGCCUUCAGAAGCUCAGACUACAUGCCUCUUGGUUACAUGCUGACCUUUAAGGUAGCCUACCAGGUUGCAGCAGGACUGGCCUACCUUCACCGAAAGAACAUCAUCUUCUGUGACCUGAAAUCAGACAACAUGCUGGUCUGGUCCCUGGAGCUGCAGGAUCCCAUCAACAUCAAGCUGUCUGAUUAUGGGAUCUCUCGGCAGUCCUUCCAUGAAGGAGCGUUGGGAGUUGAGGGAACUCCAGGAUACCAGGCUCCCGAGGUCCGACCGGGAAUCGUGUACGAUGAGAAGGUGGACAUGUUCUCCUAUGGCAUGGUGUUGUAUGAGCUGCUGUCUGGGCGAAGGCCGGCCCUGGGAAACCACCAGCUCCAGAUAGCCAAGAAGCUCUCCAGGGGCGUCCGUCCUGUGCUGGGCAGCCUGGAGGAGGUCCAGUUCUACAGCCUCCACACCCUGAUGACUGAGUGCUGGGACACUAAGCCUGAGAAGAGGCCGAUGGCAUCCAGGUGUGUGAGACAGAUGGAGGAGCCCAGUUUCCCCUGCCUGAGGUACCUGCUGUCGUGUGACAGCCAGUCUCAGCUCUUCCUGUCGCAGCUGCAGGGAUACAGCGCUGUGUUCUGGAAUGGAGACAAUGAGGAGAGAAACUACAGUGUGGUGAAUGUGGAGAAGGCCCAGGUGGAGGUCAAGAGGAUGUGUUGUCCUGGCAACAGGAUCAGCUGCCAGAUGAAGAUGCGUAACUCUCUGUGGAUGGCUACUGAGGAACAGGAGGUGUUCAUCUACAGCCUGAAGGACAUGUGUCCUCUGAGUCAGCCUCAGAAACGGCUGUCCUGUCCAGCUGUCGUCACAAGUUUGUUCCACGUUCCCGCCGGAGAACAGAACUUGGCCAAAGUGUUUGCAGGGAUGUCUGACGGUCUGGUCGCCGUCUACACCUUGGUGGACGACCUUCCUCUCGAUGGAGAAACGUACCUGUGUUCUCACACCUUAAAUAAGACUAUAUUUGGUCUGAAGGACUCUGAUCCGAGGCAGAGACCCUACCCUGUCAGGAGCAUGGCUCUGGUCAGCAGCGGCUCGCAGUUGUGGUUCUCCAACGGCCCCGGCCUGCUGGUUAUCAACACGACGAGUCUUCAGGCGGUCCGAAGGCUGGAACCAUACAGGACACCGUCCUCCGUCAUCAGCAUGACGACCAGCUUCAGUCUGUGGGGAGAGGAAGCAGUGUGGACCCUGGACGACACCAGCAACACACUGCUGCUCUACUACGCCGCCUCCUACGAACUGUGUGCAUCGUACUGCUGUGGGGACAGAAGUCCUUUGCGGGAUGUCUUCGACGUGCUGCACCCUGCAGGGCUGGCUGUGGUGGCAGGGGAAGAUAUUAACACUACGGACCAAAAUGGGAAGCUUGAAUGGUCUAACGGAGACGUGACGCUGAUUUUCAGUGAGGAGGCAGGAACUCAAAUAAUCCAGCACCAGGACUCUGUGACAGACUAUUGCUCCCUAUCAUCUACCAGCUCUCUGGAACCACCAGAGUCAAACACCCUGAGCACCACAGACUGCAGCUUAUUGAAAAGUAGAGGCUGUUUACCUCUGCCUCAAAACCCGGAGGACUCAGAAGAGCAGCAGGACGAACAGACAGAUACAGAUAAUCUGGACUCAGCAGAGGACAUAAACCCUGCAACACCUGAGCUGCAAGCCUUCAAUCUGCUGCCGGUGAAUGGGACCCUGUGGAUCCCCAGGCGUGGAGGUGAUAUAAUAAUCAUUGAAAUGCAGCCAUAUGGAGGUCAGCUGCGGGGGCGGGUCACCGCUGUCCUCGCUCCUCCUGGACGCUCCUCUCUGGGGACUCUGCAGGAGGCGGCGCUGGUGGCAAAGGACACGGUGGUAUGCGGCUUCCAGCAGGAGGAAAACAUGGAGUGGUGCCUGGUUGUCUGGAGAGCCUGGGGCAGCAGCGAGAUCAGCGUCUUCUACCAGUCCUACGAGGAACUCUACCGCUCUGAGAGCAACAUAAGGAUAAGAAGGUAGCUGCUGUCCUGCAGCGGCUCAGGAGCAGAACCUCCCUGACUGAGUUCAGAGCUCUGAGGCUGAGGGGCGUCAACCGAUGAAGCUCAGGAAGAAGCUCAGCUGUCAGGCUCCGCACCGCCGGAGGAGAUAUUUCAGUUCACUGUACAGAAAGAAGCAGAUUAACAGCGUCCGAAUCAGACUUUUAAUCACAAUCACCAAAGUUUUUUCUCUUUGCUUCCAAACAUCCAAAUAAAUCGAUAUUUAACUUUC